GUCGUUGCUACGCCGACACUUCUAUUGGCCAGGAAUGGAGAUUUCCGUGAGUACGUUCAUUCAAGCAUGCCCCCGAUGUACUCUGUUUAAAUCCCGGCAGGAACCCCGAGCACCGAUGGUCCCGAUCCACGCAAAGGCCCCCCUCCACAUUGUGGCGAUGGACUAUCUGACCCUGAGUCGCCCCAAGGACCGGUACCAGAACAUCCUAGUGGUGACAGAUUUGUUCACCAAAUACGCCUGGGCUAUCCCCACCCUCGACCAGACAGCAAGUACCACAGCCACAGCAUUAUGGAGGGCAGUGUUCCAGCCAUUUGGGUGCCCUGAGUUCCUGCACUCGGAUCAGGGCCCGAACUUCGAGUCCCGCGUCAUCCGAGAGCUAUGCCAACUGUACGGGUGUGUAAAGACCCAUACGACCUCGUACCAUCCCCAAGGAAACGGAGGAUGUGAACGCUUCAAUCAGACCCUGUUGAAUCUGCUGGGAACUCUGGACCAGAGACGCCAGGAUGAUUGGGUGAGUGCCUUGCCGAAUCUAUUACAAGCCUAUAAUAACAGCUUGCACAGUACAACGGGGUAUGCCCCCACAUACUUAAUGUUUGGAAGACACAUCCGCUUGCCCACAGAUCUCCUAUUGGGAACAUCGGGAGGUGAGAGAGAAGGGAACGUGACCGAGUGGGUGGGACGACACCACCACCGUCUCCACUUUGCCUACGAACAGGUCAAUAAGAAGAUCCAGGCAGCCGGGGAGAAGAACAAAAGGUUGUAUGAUAGGACGGCGCGGGAUGCUCCCCUGCUCCCUGGAGAAAGGGUACUAGUCCGGGACAAUCGGCGACUAGGUGGAGGCAAGCUGAGUGAUCGGUGGGAGGCGAGGCCGUACAUUGUGCAACGGCAGCAGAGACCGGGGCAGCCGGUCUACACGAUCCGGCCAGAAGGGAAGCCUGGGCCGGAUCGGGUGGUCCAUCGGAACAUGAUCCGCCCUUGUCCAAACUAUCCCCCACUAGCCACAGAGGUGGCUCCUAAGGAGCCGGAGACUGCUACCCCCUGGUAUGGAGGGUGGGUCAUCUUUCCAAGAGGCCCGGCGGAGGGGCCGGCCCAAGUGGCCCCAAGGGAGCCUGAGAACUUACCUGUCGUAGUGGGUCCGGUGAACGACGUAGCCCCAGAGGCUCCAGGAGAGCCGGAUAACUUACCUGCGGAAGGAGCCCCAGAGGCUCCAGGAGAGCUGGAUGACUUACCUGCCGAAGAAGCCCCAGAGCCCCCACCACAGCGCCCCCAGCGGGAGACCCGGGGGCGGCCGCCCAUCCGGUAUGGAGAGUGGGUCACAGGAAGCGGUUCUAGGGACUAGAACCAUUUCGGCGGGGGAGGAUGUCACAGGUGACGUUUUAUUCGGACGACGGGCGGAACCCGGCUUCCACAUUUUAUUUGGACGACGGGCGGAAUCCGGCUUCCAUAGUUCAUAUCCGGGGUUUCCCCAAAGGCAAAAUUAAGCCUGAUCACGCUCAGGUGGGGCAAAUUAACACAGCGGUUGCUAAUAGGCUGACGAGGAGAAGAGUCCGGGUAUAAAGACACCUUUGCAGACAUUAAACGAGGUGCUUGUGGCCUAUGUUGUGUACGUUGUGUUGCUGCUUUGCAGACGGACCACGCUGGUCGGAUCGCUCUCCUGGAGAAGAGAGUAAGAGACAGUCAGCGGACGGAGGAAUAUCUUGGAGCCUACGUGAGGAAGAGUGGACACAGAGCUAUCGAGAGCACAGUGAACAGUGGUUAUUGGUCCCUGGCCCCACUGGAGAGGAGAACGUGGGUGAGCCGCGGUCGACCGGAAGCACGGACGAAACAUCGCCCGCCAGUAAGCCAGUGGCCCUGUGGGAAAGAGGAAGUGCAGGUGAGCCAGGGAAGUGAUAACCGACACGCCGGGCCUGUGAAUGCCAUACCUCUCUCCCUUAUUUGUGAUCCAGUUGUUGCCCAACCAGUCUCUCGAGGUCGUCGCGGUCAGGUGGCAAGGACGAUCUAAAAUUCACGUGAUGUGGUAUAAGAAUGCUGUGGGUGAGUUUCACUGAUUGAUGGUGUUUACGCUUGACUUGCUGUGUGUGUGCUGUGCUUGUAGCGUUCGAACUGCCCAGCCUCUGACGAGACACGAGAUGGUGACAUCUGUUGCGGCCUGAGUCCUGUAGGGAGAGAGAGAGAAAAUUAAAUCUUGUGCCCGGGGUGUGAUAACGAGAGCUUCGUUUAUACACCACUUACCUGAACCAGUGAAGCUCCGUGUGGGAACGAGGAUCCCCCGGCACUGUGAGUAACGCAACCUGUGCAAUAACCUGUUCUGUGCUUAUAGCAGCUACCUACCUGAACCAGUGAAGCUCCGUGUGGGAACGAGGAUCCCCCGGCACUGUGAGUAACGCAACCUGCGCAAUAAUCUGUUCUGUGCUUAUAGCAGCUACCUACCUGAACCAGUGAAGCUCCGUGUGGGAACGAGGAUCCCCCGGCACUGUGAGUAACGCAACCUGUGCAAUAACCUGUUCUGUGCUUAUAGCAGCUACCUACCUGAACCAGUGAAGCUCCGUGUGGGAACGAGGAUCCCCCGGCACUGUGAGUAACGCAGCUUGCGCAAUAAUCUGUUCUGUGCUUAUAGCAGCUACCUACCUGAACCAGUGAAGCUCCGUGUGGGAACGAGGAUCCCCCGGCACUGUGAGUAACGCAACCUGUGCAAUAAUCUGUUCUGUGCUUAUAGCAGCUACCUACCUGAACCAGUGAAGCUCCGUGUGGGAACGAGGAUCCCCCGGCACUGUGAGUAACGCAACCUGUGCAAUAACCUGUUCUGUGUUUGUAGCAACGACCUACUUGGACCGGUGAAGCUCCGUGUGGGAACGAGGAUCCCCCGGCGCUCAACGACUUACCUGAACCGGUGAAGCUCCGUGUGGGAACGAGGAUCCCCCGGCACUGUGAGUAACGCAACCGGCAGAAUAAUCUGUUCUGUGUUUGUAGCAACGACCUACCCGAACCAGUGAAGCUCCGUGUGGGAACGAGGAUCCCCCGGCACUCAACGACUUACCUGAACCGGUGAAGCCCCGUGUGGGAACGAGGAUCCCCCGGCACCGUGAGUAACGCAACCUGGGGAAUAACCUGUUUUGUGCUGGUAGCAACUACCUACCUGAACCAGUGAAGGCCUGUGUGGGAACGAGGAUCCCCCAGGGCUGGGAGCAUCAGUGGGGUGUUUGCCCUGGUCUGACUGGGUUUGAUACUGCCUCCAGGAGAAGCGGAGCGCGCCACGGGUUGCUGGGCCAGAGUCCCGGCCCCCAGCCUUCUCUUCAAGUGGCCCUGGUGGCAAGGAAGAGCCGCAUUAGUUUUAAAGUUCCCUUUUUCCCUUUCCCCUUUUCCCUUUUUAAAUAUUUAAUAAAGUUUGUUUUAAUUAUAGUAUACUCGUCUGUCUGGUCAUUGGGGUGGUCUUGGGAAACUCCUCGAGGUGGAAGAGUUAAGAGGGGUGUGACCCUUUAGUCUAU